AUGGCGCUACAUGUGGAUACACCCAUGGUGGCUACAUCUGUAAGUGUCCUAUUGGCUGAUAUAGAUGAAUGUGCUAAAUCGCCAUGUGGUUUAGGGGCAUGCAAGAACACUGAUGGAUCGUACACAUGCAUUUGUCCUAGCGGCUUUUCUGGCGCUUACUGCGAAAUAGAAAUUGACGAAUGUUUAGAAACCAAUCCAUGUGCUACUUCGAACAUCUGUGUGAAUACUCCGGGAUCAUACGUAUGCUUCUGUUCCGGUAGUGUGACAGAACCAAAGUGUAAAGCAGGUACCUGUACUGCCGCGGGUUACACGAUUGACUCUUUUUUGGGGUGCUACCGUAUUUAUUGGAACGAAUUGCUUAAUUCUGAAGCAAGAGAACAAUGUGCCACCGACGGCGGACAUCUGUUGCUGGUCAACGAUGAAACGGAUCAAAUGCAACUAAAAUCGUUUAUGGGUAGUCGUGCCGCAGAGGGACUUUCUUCUAUUUGGGUACAAGGGUCACGGAGUCCGACUUCUUCAGAGUGGGUGACGGACGAUGGAAACCCUCUCCCUUUUAUGGAACCUUAUAGAGAAGUUUCCAGAGAUUCUGCAAAUAUACUAUAUUUUGAGGAAGGAACGUUUUACGGGACGAAUACCCGGCAUGAAAUAACUAAUCCUUUUAUUUGCGUAAUUUGACGAGCUGGAAUUGAAAAAAAAAUAAAAAUUGCAUCUUAUCUUG